CGCUGCGCUGUUGUGAGUUCGAUGGUCAUCGAGACGCAGCGCGCUCGCGCAGCCCCAGAACAUCCCACAUACUCGCGCGACAGCAACAACAAUGGCAAACCGUACAGUGUUUCGGUAGGCGGGUUCUGAUUGGAGCUGGAAGGCGAUCGGGAAGCUGCGUCGCUGGCAUCCGCGCAUUAUUUCUUUCCUUCCUUUUUUUUUAAUUUAAAAUUAGUAUUCGCGAGCGAUUGCGUCGAGUCAAGGGAGCUCGUCUAUUGUUACAGUUUUCAUUUUGACCUUUUUUUUUUCUCCCCUUUUUUCUUCUUCUUCUCGAAAAUGUGCGAGGCGCUGUUGGCGAGCUCCCACCGUCUGUGCAUGUGUGUCCCUGCUGCUCUUCUGCUGGGCUACAGCUACUGACCUAGCCGCGCUUCACUCGGUGGCGAGCUAACGAGUUAGCCUGGCCGCGGUUAUUGACCGGAGCGGGGAACAAAACGCAGGCGAACGCAACGCGUGUCCGCGCGAUCUGUUUUAUGAGAAACGAGCCGUAGCCAGUCGCGAAUCGUCGCCGUCGGGUAGGAGUGCGAAUUGUUGUAUGAUUGGUCGCGGAAGAUACUUUGCUGGCUAGCUAACAGGCUAGCUAUUUGUGUGUGUGUGUGUGUGUGUGUGUGUGUUCUUCGACCGGGGAAAAACGGCGAGUUUUCUUUGAAAGUAUGGAUGAUCAGACCAGGAUGCUGACGGGUCUCGCCGGACUCGGUGGACUAGCACAAGCCGACGUCGGCGACCCGGACUCGGUCAGGAAACAGCAGUCGCUCGGUCAGCCUCAACAAGACAUAGGGGAUAUCCUACAGCAGAUAAUGGCCAUCACCGACGAGAGCCUGGACGAGGCGCAGGCCAGAUGCUGGCCAGAGGAUUCGCCGGCGCAUUGGGGUGGAUCAGACGACCCCACAGAGGGAGGGAGAGCAGGGGGGGGCAUGGCAGGGGGUGGCCUGCCACUCAACUUCCAGCACAGGAAGCAUGCCCUGAACUGUCACAGAAUGAAGCCAGCCCUCUUCAGCGUUCUCUGUGAGAUCAAAGAGAAGACGGUGCUGAGUAUACGAGGUGUGCAGGAGGAGGACCCCCCAGAUCCCCAGAUCAUGCGGUUGGACAACAUGCUGUUAGCAGAAGGUGUGUCGGGACCAGAGAAGGGAGGCGGAUCGGCUGCAGCAGCUGCAGCUGCAGCAGCAGCAGGGGGCUCACCAACCGACAGUAGCAUAGAACACUCCGACUACAGAGCCAAACUCGCCCAGAUCCGCCAGAUAUAUCAUUCUGAACUGGAGAAGUAUGAGCAGGCUUGCAGUGAGUUCACCAACCAUGUAAUGAACCUGCUGAGAGAGCAGUCUCGCACACGGCCCAUCUCUCCCAAGGAGAUUGAGCGCAUGGUGGCCAUCAUCCACCGCAAGUUCAGCUCCAUUCAGAUGCAGCUCAAACAGAGCACCUGCGAGGCCGUCAUGAUUCUGCGCUCACGUUUCCUGGACGCCAGACGUAAGAGGCGCAAUUUCAACAAGCAAGCUACAGAGGUGCUGAACGAGUAUUUCUACUCCCACCUUUCCAAUCCUUACCCAAGUGAGGAAGCCAAGGAGGAACUGGCCAAAAAGUGUGGGAUCACUGUGUCUCAGGUCUCUAACUGGUUUGGCAACAAGAGAAUACGCUACAAGAAGAACAUUGGUAAGUUCCAGGAGGAAGCGAACCUCUACGCAGUUAAAACGGCGGUGGAUGCUGCCAAUGUGUCGGCGCAGGCUAGCCAGGCUAACUCUCCAGCAACGCCCAACUCAGGUGGAUACCCUGCACCGUGCUACACACCUGACGGGCGGCUAUGAGGAGCUGUCGGGUAGUGGCCUCUACACCCCUCAUCGCCUGGAUGCUAACAGCUGGCAGGACACCACCAACCCCCCCUCGGUCACCUCCCCUCCCGGUCCUCCUGGCAGCGUCCACUCCGACACCUCCAACUGAUCCGGCGGCUCUCCCUGCCAUCACUCCAUUCCCACUGUGGUCUGCUCUGACUACCAUCUUCUAUCCCCAUUCUUCAAUAUUCCCUUGUCUCUCAACUGAACAGCCGCACAGAGCUGUUUUUUGCAUUUCAUAAACACACACUGUGCUGGAACACAGGACAGCCGAACAGUAGUUGGGAGGAACUCUCCCUCCACCCCACAGCUCCACAUCAACGCUCGAAGCUCCAUAACUCUGAAGAAUGAAAGAGGGAUGGAGUUUUACCGAUACCGAGACAUAGAAAUCAUCUUUACUAUUAUGGACUUUUUGAAAACCACUGACCCAGCUGUGUAGAUGAUCAUGAUGUCUGUACAUUAUGUGUAUAUGCACGUUAACUUCACACAGUACUCACACAGCUUGUCCAUGUGCUGUCGACCUCUGCACUUGAUCCUUUGCUUUGGAAAACUGUGUGUGAUUGCCUGUAUCUCUUGAAGCCUUGGCAUUUGCAGCCAAACUGUUGAUACAGAUCACCAGGGAGCUCUGCUCACCUUGCUCGUACCAAAGUGCUGCCCCAGUAGUUGUCAACACAUCUGUUCCUCCAAGAUCACCCUCUGCCAACUCGACACAAGACGCUGCAUCUCCCAGUCCUUAUAGGUUGAUAUUUCAUUCUGUUGGAGAUUUCAAAGUGAAUAACCGAAACAUGCGCAAAGGUGCAUGCUACCCCCUCUUCAUAAAACACACCCAACAACGUUUCAGUUGUUUUCAGAGUAAGCUGACAUAAAAGAUGUGUCAAGCGCAAAAGUUAGCAUCCUUGUUAUGAGUGUCUCUACCUGUAAAAAGGUAGUUAAGGGGAUCACUGUUUCUAAACCAGGCAGGACAGGUGAUAAUAGGGCUGGCGAGAGGAGGAUGAAAGGGCAGAGUGAGGAGAAUAUCUUUGGUUGAGUGGAUGUAACUAAUAGCCCUUUUUUGUUGCUAACCAAUAGAGGGUGUUGGUAGAUGGCUUGUAGACUUUACUUCUUGCUUUCUGUCCACUAGUUUAUUUGAUUGUAGGCUAUUUUCUAAUGCUGUUUCACCAAGAAUGCACCAGCCACCACCAAAAAUGAGCUCAAUAAAGCAUCUAAAAGACGUUAGGUGAAGGGGUGGAAAGAUUGUGGGGCAUUGAUGUGUUAUUGGGACAAACGUGACAUGAAUUUAGAAACGUGACUGUCUUCCAUGCAUGUAGGACUUCUAGGCGUGAUAUUAUUUUCAUUUAACCUUCCGAGUUUUUAGCUUCGUUUUUAUUAACAAAAAAAAAAUUUAAAGGGUAUAAUUAUUACAGUCAGACCAAAAAGGAAAAAGUGCAUCAUGUAUUGCUAUGAUGUGUGUGUCUCUGUGUGGGCGUGUGUACAGUCUUCUUGGGAUGUUUUUGUCAAACUGGCUGGUGCCCUCUGACCUUUGUGAGCAUUAUAGAGACUGGGUGCUUCCACCAGCCAAUGACAACACCAGGUGGGGCUCAACUGAGAUCUCCUCCCCAUCUCGAAACACGUGAGCUCUUGAGCCCGAGGCAACACGCUACGACCUUCUGUUGUACCAAAAACCAAAAAUACCACGUUCAGCAAUGUAAUAAUGCUACUCUGUCUCUCUCUAAAGUUGGUGCACAGCCACCUCUGCAGUUCGAGGCGAGGAGGGAAUUAUAUUUGUAUCUGUGUCUCUGUG